AUGGCAGAAAUGAACGUGGUGACGGACGAGGAGGAUUGGUGUGCCGAUCUUACAAAGGGAGUUUCGGAAUCCAUUCUUGGAGCGAGACUGCAUAAAGCGGGAGUACAGAUUCGUCCGUUCCCGGUAGCGGCGGCCAUCAUGAGACCACCGUACAAUCUCGACUGUCAGCCACUGCAACCACAGUUCAAGUAUGGUGGACGACAUGCCAGGACACACUUAUCUCUUUUCACUUGCCAGGCAGCCGACAAGGCCAUACAAGAACAUCACGCAGCAUUGCAGGCAGGUUCAAUGCCCAUGACGGACAUUCUCAGGCAACGGUCCUUUCGGCUUCGAGGCAAAUCAAGUGACGACUACAACACUUGUUUGACGAUGGAAAAGAAUGCAUCCAGCGCCUUUGGCCAUAGCCUCAAUCCACAACCUUGUCACUAUCCGGUGCCCCCGGAACAAAUGUUUGGCAGCAAGGGGGAUUCCAUGUUUGGAUUCCUGACAGAGCCCAAGUAUCCGUGGCACAAUCCUCAAAAAAUCACCAAACUGCCCGUGUCACCUAAUGUUGCAGAUGCGUGGUCACGGGAACCAGUAGAACUCUAUGAGUACCAAACACUCGACCACGAGAACGAUGAAACCAGGCUGAUAACACACGGCCCACCGCAGACAGCGUAG